UUUUCCUUUUGUUUGUGUGUGUGUGUGUGUUUGGUCGGAGAUUCCCAUCCUGAAUUUGAAAAACAUAUAAGGAAUCAAAACCCCCAUCCACCAAUGACAAACCCUUGCCGAUUUUUGAUAUAUUCCUCUCAUUGAUCCGUGUGGCACAGUUGGAUUCGAAUCUGUCUGAGCUGGAUUUUUGUGUAGAUGAGAUUGCAAUUGUAGAGUAAAGCUGAGCUUUUAUCAAUACUCUUUGAUCUGAAACAGAGUUUUUGAGUGCUUUCGUGUUUGGGAAGAUUUGAGAGAAUGAGCUAAGGAGGGGGAAGAAGAGAUGACUGGAUUGGGCGUCCGAUCCAGUAGCUACGGUUCCUUGGACAAGACGGGUCUGUACGCCGUCGUUUUGCCUAUCCACACGACGACGAAUCGUACCAAACCAUCUAAGAUGCACAAGGAGAGGGAAGGCUUUGUACAUUGGAUCUGCAAAUUCGCUGGUCGUAAGAAGGUGGGCAUGUUGCUCCUCUUCUUAAUCUCCGCCGUCGUCUUCCUCCGCGUCCUUUACGCCGGCAAAGGUGAAGAUGGCCAGGAAGUUCAAGUUCCUCCUAGUCUUCAUUUCAAUGGCACUUCUCAUUCUAUCUUGUUACCAACAAACCAAGAUCAAAACGUCAACAUUCUAGGCACAAAUGUCAUACUCUCCCCUCCUCCUAUACAUUUUCUUGGCUAUACGCUUCCUCAACGACAUCCUUGUCACACUUUCACCUUACCUCCCCCACCUGCUGACAGAAAAAGAAGCGGACCUCGCCCAUGCCCGGUAUGUUACCUUCCAGUACAAGAGGCGAUUUCCUUGAUGCCGGAUGCUCCGUCCUUUUCCCCUCUUCUUAAGAACUUAACGUAUAUACACGAAGACCCACUCAACACAGAUACAGAAUUUGGAGGCUCAGAUUUUGGUGGUUAUCCUACUUUGAAACAUAGGAAUCAUUCUUUUGAUUUUAAAGAAACAAUGAACAUACAUUGUGGGUUUGUCAAAGGACCUCAACCUGGUCGGAACACAGGUUUUGACAUUGAUGAGGCUGAUCUUCUUGAAAUGCAGCAGUGCCGUGGGAUUGUUGUUGCUUCUGCUGUAUUUGAUGCGUUUGAUGAUGUAAAAGCUCCCAAAAAUAUCAGUAAACAUUCGGAGGAAACAGUUUGCUUCUACAUGUUUGUUGAUGAAGGAACUGAAACAAUUUUGAAGAGAGAGCGAGGCCUUAACGGCAACAAGAAAGUAGGGAUAUGGAGAGUUGUUGUUGUGCAUAAUCUCCCUUAUUUAGAUGGAAGGCGCAAUGGAAAGGUGCCGAAGCUUCUUGUCCAUAGGCUGUUUCCAAAUGCUCGCUAUUCUUUAUGGAUUGAUGGAAAACUUGAGCUUGUCGUUGAUCCAUAUCAAAUUCUUGAAAGGUUCUUGUGGAGAAAAAACGCUACUUUUGCAAUCUCUAGACAUUAUAGACGGUUUGAUGUCUUCGUGGAGGCUGAAGCAAAUAAAGCUGCUGGUAAAUAUGACAACGCCUCUAUCGACUUUCAGGUGGAGUUCUACAAGAAAGAAGGGUUAACCCCUUACUCGGUUGCAAAGCUCCCAAUCACAAGCGAUGUGCCUGAGGGGUGUGUCAUUUUAAGAGAGCAUGUCCCCAUCAGCAACCUCUUCACUUGUCUUUGGUUCAACGAAGUAGACCGAUUCACUUCCAGAGAUCAAAUCAGUUUCUCAACUGUAAGAGACAAGAUUGCUGCAAAAGCAAACUGGACAGUAAGCAUGUUCCUUGACUGCGAGAGACGCAACUUUGUAGUUCAGAGAUAUCAUCGAGCAGAACAAGAGAGAAUCGCAAGGCGAAAACCUCCAGUGCCUAAUCUUUCUCCUCCGCCACCACCGCCGGCUCCACUGCCUGCUACACCUGUUUUAAUCAGCAGCGACUUGCCUAGAAAAGUCCCAAGUGGGAGAGCGGGCGGCACGAGGCCGCCUAGAAGGCGUGGAAGAGGCAGACGGUCUAGUCCAAGAGGUAACAGGAAAGCUAAUCUGCCUGUACUAUGACCAGAUUCACCUAAAGACUGAAAGAAAGAAAACAAAGCACUCUCAUCACCAACUACACAUCCAAAUUUUACCACACAGUAAUAUUCCUUCUUUUUGUUGUUUAUCUAUUGAUUAUAAGGAUUCAAAAAUCAAUUUUUAAUGUAUAUAAUAUUUACACGGACAUUUUGUACUUUGAUAAUAAAUCAUAGUUUCAAUUUU